GAAAGCGAUCUCCUCUUCCAGAGUUCAAUUAUUUGUCAAGCAAUCAUUUUACUCUUCCAACAACUACUGCAUAAAUGGGAAAACGAAACCGAUUUUGUUUUGUUCUCCGCGCUCCCAGCACCAGGUGGAACCACGCGCGGCGCUUCCGAUCUCGGAGGAUGUAACAAGACGAGCGGUUGACGAAGCUGCAUUGUGUAGCCAGCCGGUUUAUCUUUUUAUGUUGUACAGUUUGUUAGUUUACCGUAAAUAUGUCUUGAUUUGUACUCAAGAGUGGAGCAAGGCCCUAUGGAACAGAGAUUGACGCAUCGUGAGCGAAGAACAGACGCGAUGGAUGGUUAGGCUGCUUGACUCUCGGCUGUACGACUCUCGGCAUGUUAGGACUGGCAAAGUUCCGAAUUUGUCGCGGUGUGGUGUACGCUUCUGUGCUCGUCAAGUGCCGUCAGAGCGCGGGGAUGUUUGAGCGGAAUGUGUCCCUUCGUCUACAAAACUCUGCACGCUGCGGCAUCGAAGUCCUGUGUACGGGUCACGGAGAAAGUGUGGUACGGGUGCACGUAUGCGCUUGGAUACGGGAUAGCCUGCCCUCAACGGAUGUUCAACAGUGUACGCACGCUGCGCGUACGCGUACGUAUGAGACUAGUUGCUGGUGUCCUGCUGGAGCUGAGAAGAGAUCUGCUGCCUGCCAUGAGACCAUGUCUCUCAAGUUACCGCAAUAUUGUUGCCUUCAAACCUGUCGAGACAAGGUUUCUGUACAUGGCCAUGGCGCUCAAGGAAGAAACCGAGACUGUAGACUGCCAACGUUCAUUCCUGUUCCGGCAAAGACGGGCAGCAUUUGAGAGGGAACAGUAA